AUGAGAUUAUGGCUCCUUGGGAGACAAUUUUCAUCUUUUCCAACUCCUACUUUUGACCUUCUCUCCUCUUCAAAACUCACUCAUCUUCUCCAGAUUUGCAGCAACUCAAGAGCAUUAGCUCAAGCCAAACAAACCCACCAGCAAAUCAUACAACAUGGGCUACACCAAAAUCAAUUUGUCAUCACGAAAUUGGUCCAAUCUUACGCAGAAUGUGACCACUUUGGUUAUGCCCAGAAGCUGUUUGAUGAAUUGCCUGAACCAAAUGUUUUUGCUUGGACUGCUCUCCUUGCAUUUCAUUCAAGAAAUGGCCUUUUCAUUGAGUGUUUGCAACUCUAUGCUGCAAUGCGGUUUAUGGGUGUUUUGCCUGAUCAAUAUGUAUUUCCUAAGAUUUUGAGGGCAUGUGCCCAACUGUCAGCACUUGAAACAGGGGCCAUGAUUCAUAAAGAGGCUAUUGUGUGUGGAGCUGAGUUAAACGUGCAAGUUUGUAGUUCAUUGAUUGACAUGUACUCCAAAUGUAAGGAUGUCAAAAGUGCUAGGUGGAUUUUCGAUAACAUGGCCGUGAGAGACUUACUGUCUUGGAAUGCCAUGAUUUCGGGGUAUGUGUUGAAUGGGUUUCUAGAGUUAGCAUUGGAAUUAUUUGGAUCAAUGACAUUAAUGGGAGUUGAACCUGAUUUAGUCACACUGAAUUCUGUAAUGGAUGCUUAUUGUAGAAUGGGUUUAUAUGAUGAAGCUCUCAAAGUUUUUGGGAAUAUUGCACAUCCAAGUGUUGUUUCUUGGACAACUUUAAUUUCUGGCUAUUCAAGGUUUGGCAAUCACGAAGCAUCCCUGAGGAUAUUCAGAGAUAUGAUAAAGACUCUUGUAUAUACAUCUGAUUUAGAUUCUCUUUCUAGUGCAGUGGUUUCUUGCCGGCAUUUACAAGCUCUAAGAAAUGGUCAAGAAAUUCAUGCCUAUGGAAUGAAAGCUCAUUCAACCCGCGUAUUCUACAAUUCCUGUGGACCUGCGUUGUUGACAAUGUACUCUAAGUGCAGUAGAGUUCAUGAUAUGAGAAAUGUGUUCGAGUUGAUGGACAAAUUUGACAUGGUCACUUGGAAUGCCAUGAUUUUUGGCCUGGUUGAUCUAGCGAUGGGAUAUUCAGCACUUGAAACCUUCACUAUGAUGCAAAUUGUGGGAGUUAAGAUUAACCAAACCACAAUAUCAACUAUCUUACCCAUUUGUGAUCUGAAGUCUGGUAAACAACUUCAUGCCUACAUUUUUAGGAACAAUUUAGUUUCAGUAGUUCCAGUUUUGAAUGCUUUGAUCAGCAUGUACUGUAAAUGUGGAUCAAUUAAUUCAGCUGAUCUCGUUUUUUUCAACAUGCCGGUAAGAGACUUAGUUUCAUGGAACACAAUGAUUGGAGGGUUUGCAAUGCACGGAAAAGGAAAGGCUGCUCUUCAAAUUCUAGAAGAAAUGAUACAUUUAGGUCUUACUCCGGACUCUGUCACCUUAACAUCAAUUCUUUCAGCUUGCAAUCACUCGGGCCUUUUUACUGAGGGGCUUAAAAUCUUUCAUAGCAUGAGUAAGGACUUCGGCUUGGUUCCGACAAUGGAGCAUUUUGCUUGUUUAGUUGAUAUGUUGGCGCGUUCUGGUCAGCUAAACGAGGCUCUUGCUGUUGUCACGGAAAUGCCAAUCUUGCCUGACAAGCAUAUAUGGGGGACUCUUUUAGCUGCUGCUCAAGCGCAACAUGAUAUGGAGGUUGCUAAGUUGGCUGCAGAAAAUCUGGUUAGCUUAGAACCCAAAAAUGCUGGGCAUUAUGUGACACUCUCAAAUGUAUACACUGAUGAUGGAAGAUGGGAUGAUGCAAUGAGGGUAAGAAAGUUGAUGGAAAGCAGAGGAUUGACCAAACCGAAAGGAAGUAGUUGGAUUUGGAUAGACUCCCAAGUCUGA